AGCGGACCUAACCAGCCACCAACCCAACCAGCACCGAACCACCACCUCACAGCAACCGGUCCCCCGCUUUUUACGCACGUCUCCAAACCACGGAACAACUUCUUUCCGUGCGUAAAAACCCACUUGGAACUUUUUUCUUCUCUCGUAACGGACACGUAGGUUCGCGCUCGGAGUCUGGAGGAGACCGGAGGAUGUGCGCCUGCCCGGUUGGUUCUUCUUCCAUGGGAUAAAAGCGUGAGGGGAGACGGAGAGGAGUAGCGGUGCAACGGGCUCUAGCGCUGCGGAAACCAUGAGCAGCCCGCGGAGGAGAAGCAGCAGGGCCGUCGCGGAUUAAACGCACUCGAGGAAACAUAUUAAACAACAACUUUUUAUUUCUUUUUACUUUUUUGGUCAACAAUUCUUCCGCGCCAGACGGGAUGGAUACGGAACAGUCGCUGCUGUCAGGAGGAAUGGACCGGGAGCGCCAAAAACUGCCUCCGAUCUUCAACAGCUCUCCCCCGGCUGGUCUGGGGCGUGGAUCCAAGCAGGCGUUCCCGUCUCUGGGCACGUUCAUCUCCACUCUGAGCCAACGCCGCGAAGCAGGAGGGCGGGGCUUAUCCACCGUGAGCGGGAUGACCAACAGCCUGGGACUUCGACACGGUCGAGAGCUUCCUCCCAUCUGCAGCGACGUGCGGCAGAAACAGCGCAUCUCCAUCGACACACUGCCCCCGGAGGUCAAAGCCCCGUUCCCCUGUGACCCCAUCAUCCCCCUCAGGACCAAGAGCACCAAGGACUUCCAGGAGGACAUGGAGCGGGCGGUGCAGACGGGCGACUGGAGGGAGGUGAGAGAGUUCUACCUCACCACCUUCGACUCCUUCAUCGAAAUCAACGCAGCGUUCAAGAGGGAGGCGAACGGAUCCUUCAACACCAUAGACGACUCCGGAGUGAACGCCAAGUUUGUGAACGCGGUUUACGACGCGCUGCUCAACACACCUCAGGACAUCCAGAAGUCAGUGCUGAAGGGGAUCAUCAACAGUCUGCUGCGGGAGUGGAAAGGGCCUCGGACGAAAGACGAUCUUCGGGCUUACUUCAUCCUGGUUCAGAACCCUCAGUACUCCAGCACCAGCACGUACGUCAUCUACGCUCACCUGCUGCGCCAGAUCGCCGCCCUCUCUGAGGCCGACCACCACUUCCUGGUUCACUGGCUCAAGAAGCUGUCGGCGCGCAGGUUCAAACAGCUGGUAGAGCGCCUCCUGCAGUUCAUCUCCACGCGACUGUUUCCGGCUGAACCUGACGAGCUGCCUCCUCUGGCCAAGUGCUCGUGGUGGGUCCCAUCGGCCACCAAAGUCCUGGCCCUCUUCAAUGCGGCGAACAGCGUCUCGUCUCCUCCCAUCAUGCCUUUCACCGACUUCUACAACAUCACCCUGGAGCACAUCGACUUCAUGGAGGAGUACAGGACGUGGCAGAGCUACGGCAACUCCAACAGGUUCUCCUUCUGUCAGUUUCCCUUCAUCCUGUCCACUGUGGUGAAGAAGGCCAUCAUCCAGAAGGACUCGGAGCAGCAGAUGAUCAGCCAGGCCAGGCAAAGUCUGGUGAGUAAAGUGUCCCGCAGACAGAGGGUGGACAUGAACCUGCUCUUCCUCAACAUCAAAGUGAGACGGGCUCAGCUCCUCAGUGACUCCCUGGAAGAGUUGACGAGGAAGAGGUGCGACCUGAAGAAGAAGUUGCGUGUGACGUUUGUGGGGGAGGCGGGGCUGGACAUGGGGGGUCUGACUAAAGAGUGGUUCCUGCUGCUCGUGCGACAGAUCUUCCACACUGACUACGGUAUGUUCACCUACAUGAAGGACUCGCGCUGUCAUUGGUUCAGCAGCUGGAAGUGUGACAACUAUUCAGAGUUCCAAUUGGUCGGAACACUGAUGGGCCUGGCCGUGUACAACAGCAUCGCUCUGGACAUACACUUCCCUCUUUAUGUUUACAGAAAGCUCCUGACUCCGCCCAAUGCACCGUGUGACCCAAACGCCCUGGUUGGCAUGGCGACGGCUACUCUAGAGGACUUGCAGCAGGUCAUGCCGGAGCUGGCUCACGGUCUGGGGGAGCUGCUCUCUUAUGAAGGCAACGUGGAGGAGGACUUCUACCUCACCUUCCAGGUGUUCCAGGAGGAGAUGGGCGUGGUCAAAGCGUUUAACCUGAAGCCUGGAGGAGACAAGAUCCCCGUGACCAAACACAACCGCAGAGAGUACGUGCAGCUCUACGUGGACUUCCUCCUCAACAAGUGCAUGUACAAACAGUUUGCGGCCUUCUACCACGGCUUCCACAGCGUGUGUGCGUCCGACGCCCUCAUGCUGCUGAGGCCGGAGGAGGUGGAGAUGUUGGUGUGUGGCAGUCCGGAGCUGGACAUGAGCGCUCUGCAGAAGGCCGCGCAGUACGAGGGAUACAGCAAAACCGACUGCACCGUCAGGUGCUUCUGGGACGUGGUGCUGGCCUUCCCUCUGGAGCUGCAGAAGAAGCUGCUUCACUUCACCACAGGCAGUGACCGAGUGCCCGUGGGGGGUAUGGCCCACCUCAACUUCAAGGUGUCCAAGAUCGACGUCUCCACAGACUGGUUGCCCAUUUCUCACACGUGUUUUAACCAGAUCUGCCUGCCUCCGUAUCGCACCAGGAAGGAGCUCAAACACAAACUGACCAUCGCCAUCUCCAACGCAGAGGGCUUUGGACUGGAGUGACCACAAUGACAAAAACAAAACAUUUUAUUUAUAACGAACGCGCAAUUUUUUCGACAACUGCUUCAGACAGGCUCAAGACGGCGACCGCUGGCUUUCUCACAGCUACAGUGAAGGAGUUUUGCACAUGUGAACAGUUAUUCUAAUGUUUAUUCUAAAGACUUUCUGGAUGACGGGACUCGAGCAGGACGGAGGCCGAACGGAGUUUUGCAGUGUUGGUGUAUAUGAUUUUUGAAAUGAUUUUUGCGUAUGUUGACGUUGUGUGGAGAUGUAUAGAGUUUAUUUAGUGUUUGACAUUGUGGCCAAACUGAAGGCUGCAGCAGGAGAAGGGCACUGCAAAAAAGGAAUUAUGACAUGAGUUAAAAUGACAAUUUUACUCUAUUUUUUGUUCUAAUGUUGUUUCCUCAUCACAAACAGACCUGGAGUUGGGAUUAAGCAGCGUUCUAACAUGGCAUAAAAAUCUGUGUAUCAUGCGUUUAUUUGUUUUUCAAAAUAAAACCAAAAAUAAGGAAACAAAAAAAACAACAAUUUUAUUCAUUAUUUGUCUACAAAACCAAAAUGAACCAAGACUGAACCAGGAUAAAACGGGACUGAAACAGGACUAAACCAGGACUAAACGAGGUCUAAACCAAGUCUAAACCAGGUCUAAACCAGGACUAAACUAGGUCUGAACCAAGUCUAAACCAGGACUAAAACAGGUCUAAACCCGGACUAAACCAAGUCUAAACAAGGACUAAACCAGGAGUAAACCGGUCUCAGUCCCGGUCUGGUCCUGGUCUCAGUCCUGGUCUCAUUUCUGGUCUGGACCCAGUCUUAGUCCUGCUCUCAGACCUGCUCUCAGACCUGCUCUCAGACCUGGUCUGGUCCUGGCCCAAUCCUGGUCUCAGUCCUGGCCUCAAUCCCGGUCUGAUCUUGGUCUCAAUUCCGGUCUGGUCCCGGUCUAGUCUUGGUCUGGUCCCGAUCUCAGUCCCAGUCUCAGUCCUGGUCUGGUUCCGGUCUCAGUCCCGUUCUGGUCCUGAUCCAGUCACGAUCUCAGUCCCGAUGUCAGUCCCGGUCUGGUCCCGGUCUCAGUCCCAGUCUUAGUCCUGGUCCUGGUCCUGGUCUGGUCCUGGUCUGGUCCUGGUCUCAGUCCAGAUCACCCUACAGUCUACGCAGGGGCACCUCUGGGCCCGCGCUGACUCUCAGUCCUGGUUUAGUCCAGGUUCAGUCCGGCAUCACAGUUUAAGCCACGUAAACUGGAAACAGCCGCUAUCCAUUUUUUCCAUUUUUCAUUUAAACACAAAAUCAAAGAGAAAAAAUACUGAAGAAAAUAGUUAUUUUUGUUUUUAUUUUGAAAAAACGAAUGAACAAAUGAUAGAUUCAUAAAGGUCACAAGAGUCAAUGUUGUGUAAUACAGGACUUUUAAAUUCAGAAAGUUUCUCUUGAUUUAAGGGACAAAUAAACAUGUAUUCAAAGGCCUAUAUUUGUUCCUUUGUUUCGAUAUUUGUUUACCAUUGUGUAGGUUCCAUAUUGUGAUGGAUCAAUCUCAAAAACCACCUCAAAGAAAAAAAACACUCACAAAAACAUCCUGGAGUUGCAUUUUUAAAAGUCCUUUAUUACACAAACUCGUGAACUUUACUUUCUUUUUUGUGUGUGAAGUUUUUAUGUUUUUGUAUAUUUCUGGAGAAUAUUCUCGUGCGGUGAUGUAGGUUUGUGGGCGGAGCAUUGCACAGAACCUACAGCGAACCGUAAGGAGGGUUUGAAUAGGACUCAGGAGAGAUUGCGAAAUUACUCAAACAUACAUGGAUGACUCUAAAACCUCUUCAGACAUGUUUAUGAUGAGGGAAUAAAGUUAUAACGUGAUAGAAAGCUCCGGAAAGUCAGUUUUGCAUAAUACGUCUCAGUUAAACUCUUCCUUUUUUGCAGUGCUCCAUGUUAAAGUGGAUCAGAGCUGUGCGUGGACAGUUCGGUGAUGUUUGUGUGUCUGUUAUAUUUUCAGCUUUGUACUUUGCCUUUGUGUUGUCAUUGGACCAAAGUUGAGUUGUCAUGUUUUUUCUGUUGUGUUAGAUGCGUGCUAGAUUUCAGAAAGAUUUGAUUUGAGAAU